AAAGCAAUGAGACCGCAACUUCCUGCAAACACUCGUUGAGUGUGACCGAGUCCUUCUCUGGUGAUUAAUUAAGCACCGGCGCCAUAACCACCGUCCACUUGUAGCCUCGACGGAGGAGGAGGAUGGAGACUCCACUGCUCAACGGCUACGAUUCCGGCGACUAUGCGCCGGUCAGGACAUUUAAAGAAAUGAAGUCCAUGUUCUGGAUUGAGACAGUCAAGUUGUGGAAGAUUGCAGCGCCGAUCUCCUUCUCUAUAAUCUGCCAGUACGCAUUGAACUCGGCCACCACUAUAUUUGUCGGCCAUCUCGGCGACAUUGAGCUUUCUGCCGUCUCAAUUGCUACCUCUGUUAUUGGGACCUUCUCUUUUGGAUUCCUGCUUGGCAUGGGGAGUGCAGCUGAGACACUGUGUGGUCAGGCAUUUGGAGCUGGACAACUGAACAUGCUUGGCCUUUACAUGCAGAGGUCUUGGAUAGUCUUAACAGUCGCCUGCAUCUUCCUUUCACCUAUUUACGUCUUUGCCACUCCGAUACUAAAGCUUCUUGGCCAGCAGGAUGAUAUAGCUGAUCUUGCUGGAAAGUUUGCAAUCCUAAUUAUUCCUCAAAUGUUCUCGCAAGCCAUUAACUUCCCAACCCAGAAGUUCCUUCAAGCCCAAAGCAAGGUUAAUGUGGUGGCAUUCAUAGGCUUCGCGGCUCUAUUCAUCCAAGUUCUGAUGCUUUGGCUCUGCAUUUAUGUGUUUGAUUGGGGACUAAUUGGUGCAGCCAUAGCAUCCGACAUCAGUUCUUGGGGGAUAGCUGUGUCUCAAGUGGUGUAUGUUGUGUUUUGGUGUAAUGAAGGAUGGAGCGGAUUGUCGUGGGCUGCAUUCAAGGAGAUUUGGGCAUUUGUUCGGCUCUCCAUUGCUUCGGCUGUGAUGCUUUGCCUCGAAAUAUGGUACAGCAUGAGUCUAGUACUCGUCACUGGCCACCUUAGCAAUGCAGUAAUUGCUGUUGGUUCCCUCUCUAUAUGCAUGAAUGUUAAUGGAUUUGAAGCCAUGCUGUUCAUUGGAAUAAAUGCUGCAAUAAGUGUUCGGGUCGCCAAUGAGCUUGGAAUGGGGCAUCCAAGAGCAGCCAAAUAUUGUGUCUUUGUCGUUGUAUUCCAAUCGUUCCUCAUCGGGCUCCUUGCCAUGGCUAUUAUAUUGAUAACUAAGGACUAUUUUGCCAUAAUUUUCACGAAUGAAACAAAUAUGCAAGUGGCUGUUUCUAAGCUAGCAUCUCUUCUCGGCAUAACCAUGGUUCUUAACAGUGUCCAGCCAGUGAUUUCAGGUGUUGCCAUUGGUGGUGGAUGGCAAGCAAUGGUUGCUUACAUAAACAUAGGUUGUUAUUACGUUUUCGGACUCCCUCUUGGCAUCGUUCUUGGCUACACAGCAGGCUUGGGAGUAACGGGAGUUUGGUCGGGCAUGAUAGCCGGAACUGCUCUUCAAACCUUGUUGCUUUUGAUUGUACUCUAUAAGACCAACUGGAACAAAGAGGUGGAGCAAACAACAGAACGCAUGCGCAAGUAUGGAGGGCAAGACAUCGACACUGAUAAGAUAGCUGAUUCCAUAUGAACUGACUUUUUUUGGGCAUCUCUUUAAGUAGGUUGUGCGGCAAAACCGCCGAGAACGCUAUUCUGUUUUUCAUGGAUGCUGUGUUGCACCAUUGAAAUAGUUGGUUUUUUUUUUUUGGGUGAAAAUGAAAAGAAGAGAAGUGCCAGGGUUCAGUAUCACUUGGGACAGGAUUUGGGUUGCAGUUCAUAUCAGUUGCAUUGCACCACCAACUUACAAAUCAGUGAUUAUGAUGAUUCCACCAGCGUCUUCAGUCUAUUCAUCAUCUUGAUGUUGAGCUCUUUCAGGCUAAAUCGAUUGUGUACACACACAGAUGUUUACAUAUAUAUUUAAGCAUUUCAAGCUGUUUGCGCAGCGUCAAUGGUUGAUUCAUGGUUAAAA